AUGUCUUUGGGAGAACAUUUCUGCAACAAUUGCUUCGAUAAUUAUUACCGAACUGGGAAAAAUGGGAAUCUCCAAUACAGCAGUUGGUGUCAUGAAUGGGGAAAUAUUGCUCGUGUUAGCAAAGCCACUCUUAAGGGUUUUGUUGCUAAUGAGUUAUUGCCAUAUUGGAUUCAAUGUAACACUACUGAUUGCAAUAAGUGGAGACUUGUGUCUCAGAGUGGAGUGUUAGAUCCCCAAGAAAUUCGAUUUUUUUCAUGUUCCAGUAAGUUAAGUAAUGUGUCCGACUGUAGUGUUGCUGAAGAUAGUCAAGUUUCUCGUGUAAUGGAAGAAUAUUGGAUGAGUCAGGUGAUUGAGAACCCAUUAUUAAAAAAUUCCCCUGCAGCUCCUUAUUUGCGACGUUUUCUCCCAGAAGAUAUUGGUCUUUGUCCUUUAAGUACAGAUAUUUCUCCUCUAGAUAAAGUUGAAAAUAUUGAUCCAUUCUAUGUGGGACAAUGUGGUGAAUCACUUAUUUGGGUGAAACCAGAUGCAGCUGAUGAGGUAGAACAAUCUUUUUACAAAACACUUGGUAUUUCUCAACCAACUUACUUAGGGCUGCGAAAUUUAAUUGUAACUCUUUGGAAUUUAGCGCCUACUGUAUGGUUGACAAUUGAAAAAGUCUCUCCUUACAUUAUAUGUCGAGGUUUAGUGAGAAUUUAUCUUCAUUUUGCAGCUCAAAAGAUUCUGGACUUUUUAACAAUGAGAGCUGUUAUUAAUUAUGGUAUUAUCAAAUGUCCCCCUGCUAAUACCAUUUUCGCUGAUUCUAAAGCUGAUAUUAUUGUGAUUGGAGCUGGCAUUUCGGGUUUGGCUGCAGCAAAACAUCUUUCCAAUUUGGGCCUAAAUGUUGUGGUACUAGAAGCUAGAUCCUGUUUAGGUGGACGUGCUUUUGAUGAUGUCACUGGAUCAAGCCCCUUGUUUGUAGAGGGAUUGAUCAACAAUCCUUUUUCUAUUAUGGCUCUGCAAUCAAAUCAAAAGUAUUGUGCUCUAGAUAAAAGUUUCGUUUUAUUUGGUACUGAUGGUAAAGAAAUACCUUCAAAAGAUGUCGCAAAAGUUAAUUAUGAAUUGAAUGGUUUGGUUUUUGGUGCCAUAGAAUGGGCUUCAAUGUGUAAUAAGGAUGCUAAUUGGUUUGACACUAUUGUAAAAAGCUAUAACGAUAUGAAAAAAGUAGCGCCUCAUUACACAGAAUUUGAUGUUUUUAAUUUUUGCUUGAAUCAGUAUGAAAUAGAUCUCAAAUGUGAUAUGAAGAAUUUAUCGUUACAGAGCUGGGAGUUUACUACUAGCUUGAUGGGUGAUACUGGUGUCUUUCAUGAUGGUCUAAUGCCAAUUUUGAAUAAAUUGUCUGAAAAUUUAAAGAUAUUUUAUAAUACUAGAGUUGUGGCUGUUGAUUUUUCUAACGAUGUUAGUGAAAUCAUCUGCACAAAAGAAAAAUUUCAUGCUAAUAAAAUUCUGAUUACUGUUCCUGUAUCCAGUCUAAGGUGUAAUGAUGUAAAAUUUAAGCCCCCUUUACCGCAUUUCAAAAUGAAAGCUCUCAACGACAUUGGUGAUUAUUAUUGCGAACAGCUGGUGUUAAAAUUUGCUGAAAAAUUUUGGAUCAAAAAACUAAAAAAGCAGUCUUUAAGAUUUGGAAUAAUUUCUGCUGAUCAGAAGUUUUAUUUGUUUACAGAUGUUACUCAGAAGAAGAAAAAUUCUAUUCCUACUCUUAUUACAUUUAUACCAAUCCAGCAUCUGAAUGAAAGUGAUAACAGAGAUAAUAUUAUUCAACAGUGUUUGACUCUUCUAAGAGACAUAUUUUCAAAGGUACCAGAUCCUAUUCAGUGCUGCUUAACUAAUUGGAAAGAAAAGUCAUGUGGUGCUUCGUAUGGAUCUUUUAUCAAAGUAGGAAGCUCACAAACUGUUUUUGAUGAGUUGACCAAACCAGUUGACAGUAAACUUUUCUUUGCUGGUGAAGGUACAUUUAAAAAUUGUCGUAGUACCCUUACAGGAGCUUAUUUAAGUGGUUUACAAGGAGCAGCAAACAUUGCAUUUGGUUUAUGA